GAGUGAAGUCGAUAGUCUGUGCCUGUCAUCAUGGGCUAUCUAGCUGGAAGGCUGUAUAGGUCGGGUCGACAUACCCUGGUUCUUGCAUUACUGCAUACAUCACUUCUCAGUAGAUAACAGACCAAGGAGUCUCAUCUCAUCCCGUUAGCUUCACCAUCAAAUAGUCCAGUACUAACACCUUCAUCUACAUGUAGCUAGUUGUAAAUAAUUGUCUACUCCCUCCUUCUCGAGUCUGUGUUUGAAAAUAUUAAAGAAGAAUCUAGAAUCUAUUUUUAUCUUUGGAAGGGAUCAUUGCAAAUAGAGAAGUCAAUGUUUGUGGAAGUCAUCACCUUUUUGUGUAACAUGUAAUAGUCUCCGCUUUACUUCUGUGGAAUAAUAGGGAUAUAAUAUUGGAUUUUAUAUGCCAUCAUACCGUCAAAGUUAACCAGGAUUCAUUAGUCUACAGUGUUAAUCUCAUCUUGAUCAACAGCGUUUAAGAAGGAUGCUGAAAGAGCAGUGGGCAGAAGACCAUACGUAGCAGUAACUCCCACCAUCACCUGGAUACCAAGCAGCGGUCACCAUGGCGGAGGACCUGCUGCAUCCAGGGGCCAUCGUUAAAGAUCGAUGGAAAGUUACCAAGAAAAUUGGUGGUGGAGGCUUCGGUGAAAUCUAUGAAGCUCUAGACCAAGUUCUUGAUGAGUGCGUAGCCAUCAAGCUGGAAUCUGCUCUUCAACCUAAGCAAGUGCUCAAGAUGGAAGUUGCUGUCCUCAAGAAACUUCAGGGGCGGGAUCACAUCUGCAAGUUCAUAGGCUGCGGUCGCAACGAUCAAUUCAACUACGUUGUGAUGUCCGUCCAGGGUCAGAACCUUGCAGAGCUCCGCCGUGCACAGCCCCGUGGCACCUUCUCCGUCAGCACCAUGCUUAGGCUUGGACUGCAGAUUCUUGAAUCAAUAGAAAGCAUACAUGAAGUAGGUUUUCUACACAGAGACAUCAAACCUAGCAAUUUUGCCAUUGGUAAAGCUCCAGCUAACACAAGAAAGGUGUUUAUGUUAGACUUUGGUCUGGCAAGGCAGUAUACCAACUCUCAGGGUCAAGUUAGAACGCCAAGGCCAGUUGCUGGGUUUCGUGGAACUGUUCGCUAUGCUUCUGUCAAUGCACAUAGAAAUAGAGAGAUGGGUCGUCAUGAUGAUUUGUGGUCAUUGUUUUACAUGUUGGUAGAGUUUGUCAUUGGUCAACUUCCAUGGAGAAAAAUCAAAGACAAGGAACAAGUAGGCUUGUUAAAAGAGAAAUAUGAUCAUCGUUUACUACUGAAGCACAUGCCCAUGGAGUUCAAGCAGAUAUUAGAACAUAUACAGUCCCUAGAGUAUGCAGAUAAACCAGAUUACAAGUGCAUCCAUUCCUUGUUAGACCGGUGUAUGAACAGAAAGAACAUCAAGGAGAAUGAUGCCUAUGAUUGGGAAAGACCACCAGUAGAUGGAACGCAUAACUUGCUUCCUUCUCCAACUAGUCCAGCUCGAAAGAAAGGUUUUGAACUUCCAUCAAGUCCAGACAAAAAGGAGGAGAAAAUCAGCUACCCCGAGGCAAACAUCCGCCAAGCCAAUGUGGAGAUCAGACUGGUUGAGAGUGCACAUACACAGCCAGAGAAAGUUGAUGAGAGUCAGGAGAAACAAGAUGAAGAGAAGGAAGUCCAGGAGGAGGAGGAAGAUGAGGAAGAGGAAGAAGAGGAAGAUCAAAAUGAAGAAGAGGAGGAGAUCAAUGUUUCAGGGGUUACGCAGGAGAAAGAACUUCAAGAGAAAGUAACGACCGAUGUGAAAGGAAGCGAAAAGAUGUUUGCUCUAAGGAAAAGCAAACGAUCGCAAGACAGAAAAAGAAGGUUACUCCAUAAGCGACAUAAACCCAAGAUUCGAACCAUGGACAGCCAUGCAAUCAUGGAGGGUGAAGUCAGUACUUACAGAGGUGGAAUGGAAUUUGGUGUGAGUGAGAGGGAGCCAUCAAUAGAGGAAAACUUGCCAACCAUGCAAAAGAGUAUUACUGUCCCUGUGGAAAUGAUGAAGAAGGAAGAGAAAGAGGAGAAAGGAAGGCCCAGGCCAGAGCCCAUUGGAUCAUCUGCGAAAGUUGAAACAAAAAUAGAUCAGUUGGUUCCCGGAAAAGGUAAUGGUUUGCCUCCAUCCGGACGACUUGGCAAAGAUAUUACACCUGUGAUUCAGGUUGUGAAGAAACCUGACUUGAAAGCAGCUGUUGAUAUUCCAACUGGAAAAGAAUCACCAAGAAAGGAUUUAGGAAGUGGUUUAACAAGUAGAACUGAAAGUACUUUGAAAGGUGAUGGAUUACAAGCUAAACAGCAAAACUCUGCCUUUGCAAAACCAUUCAAAUCAAUAGAACCCCUUAAAGAAGCAGAACCGGCUGCAGUAGACCAGAAAAUGCUCAUUAAACCAGAGACUGUAUCUACCCAAAAACAGCAAGCAACAAUCUUAGCCAAGAGUGAAUUGAAAGAAGUUAGUCCUAAAGCAAAUGCAGAUGUACAAACUAAAAAUGUAACACCAAGUACCGAACCUUCAAAAACUGUAGUCACUGAUUCACCUCAUAAACUUGUUUCUUCCACAGUUGAUCAUGCUAAAACUCAGCCAGCAGUGACCUCUAGUGGUGAAACUAAACCUUCAAGUGCAAUUCUAAAACCAGAUGGUGUAGCAGUAUUGUCAAAUGAACAAAAAAAUGAAAAACUAAAAACACCUCUUGUUGAGGUAAAGAAAAAUGAAAUUCAACAAGUCCUUCAAAAGGAAAAACCUGAGCUGAAAGUGCCAAACAGCAAACAGCAAACCAAGGACAAAGAUAGAGCAUUAUCACCUAUCCUACAAAAAUUAUCUGGCAAAAAAGAAGACACAUCGUCUCCACAGAGAAGUGUUUCUCCUAAGCCAGCAGAACCUUCAACAAACAAACAGGAAAAGGUUUCUCCACAAGAUAUCAAGCAACAAAUGCCAAAACCAGAGGAAAAACUUUCAGUCAAACUAAAUACUCGAGCUUUGUCACCUGUGCAGAAGGCUGGAACUGAUGCAAAACAGGAUAAGCCCACUUCGCAAGUCUCAUUUUGUCUGUCUCCUGUGAAGAAAAAUGCUAAGCAGGAAGACGACCGACCCAUCUCACCAAAGCCAGCAAAUUUGAAGGUAAAGCAACAAGAAGUGCCUCAAGAGCGGUCCACCUCUCCAAAGCCAUUCAGCAGUCCUGCUUCAAAGCAAAACACUACUCAGCAGCCACAAAGCAAUACAGCACAAGAACCAAAGGUGCAAUCAAAAGUGGAACUAAAAUCAAAUACACCUUUUAAGGAUAAAUCCCAAACAGCUGAAAAAGUUACACCUGGUGCUGGACAAAAGACUCCUGUAGCAGCAUCUGUGCAAUUAUUUUCUAAGCAGCUCGAGCAAAAAGCAGGUGUACAACAGAAGUCACCAGAACUAGUAGACACAGGGAAACGAAAACAAGGACAAACUGCAGUGGCUGAGAAAAAACCUUCUACAAUCAAGCCACAAAUAAAAGAAGUGAAAGGUAGUAAGCCUUCUGAACAAAGUGAUGUCAAAGAGAAACCACCCGCACAAGAUGUUCCCAAAGUAUCUUCAACGGAACCUAUCAUCAAGAGAAUAAUUGCACCCCCUGGGAAUCAGAAGGCACAACAAAAAACAGUUGUGCAGGAAACGAUAAUUGCUGCAAAAGUGCAGGAAAAGGUGGAGAAACCAGUUGUAAUUGAACUGAAAAGGUUAAAACCAUUAUCUCCGACAAAAGAUGUAACUGAUGGUGGAAUUUCAAAGAAAUUAAAUGUGUCUUCAUCAGAGAGAACUCAGGAGGCUGCAGUGGUUGUACCACAGAGAACAGAGGCAAAGCAGGUGUUGCUUGAAAAACCCUGUGAUGUGCCAAUUAAGAAAGAAAAGGAUACAAAACAAGAAGUGAAAAAUGAGUUAAUUGGUACCUUUGCUGGUGAGUCAUCAAAGAAAUCUCAACUGGACAUGGUACGUAAUGCCUCUGAAGAAAGGCAUUUGAUGGAAGAGCUUCUAAUGGGCACUAUUUCAGAAAAGGACUUUGAGGAGAAAGUGGAACUUGUUCAGAAGCCCCCUACAAGUGAUGAUAGUGAUUCCAAGAAAAAGAAGCCAUGGAAUGAAAGACCGGACUAUUCAAAGAAGAAGAAGAAGCAGUCUGAAAGCUCAGUGUCGCAAACAAGUAGUAAAGAUAUUAAUCCAGAUAAGCCCCAAGAUGUUAUGCAGCUCUUGAUGAUGGGUUGUGAGUGGGAUGUGGCUGAAGAAAUUCCAGGUAACUCCAGGAAGUCACAGGAGAAUGAACAGAAUGAAACAACAGAUACUACACUGAAAGGCAGUGUGUCUAGAUUUGUUAAAUCAGGAAGUGAUUCAACUGCAGUACAAGGGCUGGAGAUGAAGAAAAAAGAACAGACUGCCAAGGUACUGCCUAACAAGGGAAAUAACGGAAGGGCAAUGAUGAAGUCUCCAUCAUUUUCAACAACUAUUGUCAAUGAAGAUGAGGAUGAUGUUUUCUUACCUCCAAAAGAACAGAAUGUGCAAACAAACAGUAGGGAUGGGCGGAAUAUUCAGCAUAGGCCAGAACCUAUUGGGGCUGAAUCAAAACCAUCUUUACCAUUGGAUAUGCAGCCUAAGCCAUCUCAGAAAGAAGAGGCAAUCAGGAACAAACCAGUCUCAAAAGACUUAAAGAAGAUAGAAACAGAUAUGAAUAGGCAAUCCUCAAAGGAUAGAGAGGAAAUGGAAAAUAUUUUGUCAGACAUGACAAGUAGCAUUCAUGAUGAUGUUAUGAGUCCUGAACUCAGCAAAAAGAGCAGAAGUGAAGACAAGCAUGGAAUCAAGAUGUCUAGUGUUCCAGUGAAGGUUAAAGCUAAUGAAAUACAGAUAAAAAAUACCACUGUUGAAAACAAGCAGAAGGAUAAGAAGCCUGUACAAAGGCAAAACAGUGGUGAAAAAAGCAAGAGUUCUAGUGAAACAAAGUCUGCUGGAUCAAGUAAAGGCCGCAAAAGAAUGAGUCCAGUUCGUGCUCGACAACUACCUGAAACUCCCAAGAAAGAUCCUAACAGAGAUUCUGUCCCUGGAAGUCCAAGAAGAGAUGGACAAACUGCAAUUUCCCCAGAACUUUCAAGUCCUCAAAGUAGGAGAGCUGUUAAACAACCAAGGAAAUUACCAGAGGUGCCUAAAAUCCUUCUUGAAAGUAAACUUGGACAGUUGAAACAGGAUCGCUCAGCAGCAAGACCAUCCACUGGAAAGUCUCAGAAUGAAUCACCAAAGACUCCACGCAGACACAGGGCUUCCAGAACUGAUACACUAGAAGAAUCUAGUGGCAUGUCAGAGAGCAGUCACUCAGUACCUGUCAGAAGAGACCAAAUUGGUGACAGAGGAAUAGAUAAGUCACCCCGUCAAUCUCCAGCCACACCCAGGAGACGUAUCUAUGAUCCAUCCACUUAUGCUGUCAUGCAGAGUGUAUCACAUGAAGAAGGCGGUAACCCUGAGGUCUCUGAAUGUGCAACUCGUUGGCAGGAACCAAGCAUGUAUAUGGAGUCUUCUGCCCGUGCCCCAUUGGUCCGUGAAUCCUCAAUUGACGCUGUCAGGACUGAGAAUGACGUGCCAGCGGGAGAUCACUUGUCUUCUGAAUCCAAGGCAGUGGAGUUGAGUAAGAAAAGCACUCCAUCACGUUUAAAACCAAGUGCAGCACUAGAGCAGAAGUGGCAUAAAGGAGAGCCAAGUUCAGGCCGAAGAGGGUCAUUCCCAGGUAUUGGAGCAGAUCAAGAAAACAAAUCACAAGGGUAUUCACCUCAACAACUAAGAAGAUCAUUGUUCAAUCGAGACAGAGGAAAAGCAAGAUCAGAAAGUGACCCAGCAAGAAUGUUGGAGAUUGCUAAUGCCAGAAAUGAACAACAGAAAACGGGUAUUGGGAAGAAUAUUCUUAGCAAAACACAGGAUAUCAUUGUUUCACUGAAAGCUAAGCUUCCCAUGUUUGGAGUCAAAGAGAUGAAGGGGCGUUCCCCUUCUCCAGAAUCACAAGAUGCCACAUCUGCUCCUUCAGAUGAUAAAGAAUCUAAAAGAACAUCACCGACUACCCUUAACCCUCCUGAAGUCAUGGUAACCAUCCCAAAAUCUCCUCCUAAGUCUCCCCAAUCUCCUGCAAAAACACCUCUGUUAUUUUCUGAAGAUGAAAUGCAUUCUCCAGAAAGACCAAGCUCUCCUCAUAAUUCGUCAGGAGUUGGACUAGAUGAUGUAUUCCUCAACACUGACUCUCCAAAGAAGAAGAAAGAAAAGAAAAGGGAAGGAUUUCAUGUUGACAUUGAUCAAAUCGAUCGUAAAGUAUCGGCUGAAUUUAUUCCUGAAAGAAGUGAUGCAAGACAUGGUGCAAUACCCAAAACCAAAGCCAAACUUCAGGCUGCACCUGAGGAUGAUAUACAUGAGGUUGUUCUUGGUGCACCUGCUGGUGAUGCAGAUUCUGCAAAAAAGCCAGUAAGAAGUGGUCCAAUACGAGACCUGUCUCCCACAGCAAGGGCAGCUUUAAGAGCAAAGAGACAAAGGAGACGAACAGAUCCUGGUCCUGAACAUGUUUAUAAAUCCAAGAAGCAUCACGAAGCGAGUACUUCUGAGGGAGAUAUUAAGAAGGAUAAAGGAGAACCAGUGAAGGGAAUAUUGAGAAGGGAAAGUUCAUCUUCUGCUCAAGAUGAUACAGAUAUCAAGGAAAAGGGAAUCUUCUCUACAACAGAAUCUAUCCAUGGACCUACAAGUACAAGGAGGCAACGCCUGAGAUCUAAUCUGUCGGGUGAACGUGCCUCCUCUUUGGAAGAAAUGGUAGAAAGCAUGACUGAGUCAUAUGCUGCUCAGCAGCAAGGAGGAGAGGAGCCUAUGGCCAGUGACUCAGGGUUAUCAUCAAGGCUAGCAUGGGAGGCACUGACACCCCGGCAGAGGAAACGAAGAGAAAAAAUGCUUUCCAAACAGAGGAAACCUCAGGGUCCUUCCGAAAAAGUGAAUGAAUGCCAAACUCCUGCCAAUCAGUUGAAUGCAUGUACAGAUGGUAUCCAUUGCCAUGGUGAUUCCAGACUGACCAAUGAAGACAGGGUUCCUGCUAUUAGUGAUGGAAUGCACAUGAACAGUGAGCAUGAUCCUCACGAAAAUGACCAUCACCAUCAUCAUCAUCAUCAUCCCCAUCAUCACCGUCAACAGCAACCUCAGUGCAAUGGAGCUACCCAUAGACUCUCCCCUCAUGACCUUGCAGCCACGAGCGCAUCCUUUUCCUUAGUGGAAGACAUGACACCUCUUAGCACACCACGUGGAGGACCUGCUGGGGCAAUGCAAGAUGUCCAAUGUACAAGGUUACAGAGGGAUGAUGGAGACUACUCGGUGUCCAGGGAUGACAGUCAGUCAUCGUCCAUGUCUGGGGGAUCAUCUGGGAUCAAACCUAAACCCCCUGGGAGGAGACCCGACAAGUCUGUUGUCUCAGGAAGGAGGCGGAGGUACAGGAUAGCUCCCUCUGAAGUCUCAACAGGCCAAACAUCACCUAGAGAUGAUGGAUGACGGACACUGGAAGAACAGUAUUCACCUGUUGACUAAACGAUCCUGUACAAAGACUGAGAACUCGGUAGUCAACGGGAUACAGAGAAUAAGAUAGAGAAGGAAUAUUUCUUGAACAUUGGAUCGUAUGGUAUCAAGUAUGGUGUCCAGUUGAAUGUUCUCAGUAGACAAAUGUUUUGGGGGUUGAUCCAUUGUUAAAACGCAAUAGCUCAUCAUUCCAAAGUUUUUUUCGGCCAGAGCAUUCCGACACCACUGACAGUGUCAGGUGUUGGUGUUAAUGUUGCAAGCAUAUCUAAGUGUUAAUCUGCUGAACUAAUCUCUGAAACAGACUUUGUGUUUGGAAAACAAUAUUAAUCAUGUUCAUGGAAGCUUAGUAAUAAAAAUGUUAAUGCCAACACCUGAGUUGACUCAUGUUUGGUGUUGUACCAACUUCUUGUUUUGCCUUAAUGCCAACACUGGGUGACUUCAAGUCCGGUGUUGGCGUUGAAAUUUGGAUUGCUUCCCCUAGCUCCAAAACUUAUUCAGAGAUUGUAAAACUGAUCCAGCUCACAUUAUCAACAUCUCAACAAGUGAUUGGCUUUUCGGGAUUGAACUAACACCAACACCAAAAAGUCAAAACUAAACUUGAAGUCACCCACUGUUGUUCAACACCAUACUUGAAAUCAUCCUUGGAAGUUGGAGCUUGGAAGUUGAAAUGUGUUGAUAACACCCACAAAAAUUGUCAUAUUCAAUUUUGCAAAGCACUUGAAUUUUCCUUGUUAUAUUGUGUAAAAGUGCUGAUAUCUUUCAGAGGCCCUUCUACUGAAAAUGUAACUUUCAUUCAUGACUAUAAAAUUUGUAUUCAAAGUAGCCAAUCAGUGUCUACCUCUUGGUAAUCUAUAUCAGAUCCUUAACUCUAAUUGGUUGAUGAUGACAGGUUGCAUUUGAUUGCAGAUAAUUGCAGGCCAUUCUGUCCAAGUAUUCAUUGAAAUGAAAUGCCAAAUCAGAUUUUUUUUUGUUAAAGAAAACACUAAGAAAAUGUCAAAGUUGUCUUUUAUAUCUUGAGGUAUCGAUAUGAAAAGUGAAGUAAUUUCGUAUCUUUCAAUUAAGAAACAGCAUCAGUAAUUUACUUUGUUUUCUUGGAAGUAUUUUAUAUUUAAAAAUUGCCAAUUAUGAGUAAUCACAAGAUUUCUAAUUCAAUUGAUGACUGAUAUCUUUAUCGAAUAUCAAGGUUUCAUGUACUUAAUGAUAUCAUUUCAACUUUCAAGCGCAAUAUUCUAGUCCCUUACCAAUCAAGAGAUAUCGGUGACUGUGUAAAGGAUUGCAUGCCAAUGACAUCAUUCUGUGAAGCAGUACUAGAGUAGACAAUGAGCUGCAUUGACUAUUGAAUAGUAAAUGACACUAACUGUUCUCUGUGGGACAUUAUUGGUAAAGCCUUGCAACAGGAAUACUUUCUCUUAUCUAUGCAUGAGGACUGAAGUCGUCCAAGCGGGAUAAUAUUUGGUUUGAGGAGUGCUGCAUUGAUAACUUGCCUUGAAGCACUGCCCAAGCUAAUCAGCAUACUUACUUGUGGAUGUGGAGGAACCCACCGCCAGUUUGUAUGAUCGUAUGGUGCUAUGUACUUACCUGUAGAAGUAGACUUUGACUCUCGGAACCUUGGAAGUUGAGGCAUAUGAUGUCAUGGACCAUCAAGUUUCUUCACUGUACCUUCUUCCUGCUUCAAGACUUUAAUCAUAUCCAUUGAUGGUGAUUGAUAAUGCCCCAUCUUACAAAGCGUGACGAUGGAUCCAAUCAAUCAUAACUCUAUGGAAAUCCAUCAGUGUCAUAUUUUU